CACGGAUAUUCGUGAUAAUUGAAUUCAAGCAUCGUAGUAGAGUGCGAGAUUGUGUAGUGGGUAGGAUGCUCACCUGGCAGCGCAUUGAAAUUUAGGAUUCAAUCACGAGAAGAAAGCUGAAGCACCAACAAUCUCUACACAAUCCAGAAUAGUAGUUCUCCUUCGUUAAAGACCUUACGUAUGCAAGAGGAAGUGCUGUCGAUGUGCAUGUUUAAUGCGACGUGGCGUGAGGCAAAGCCAUAGUAUUUAUUUAGCAUAUUCAGCAUAUAUACACUUCAGGCGUUAUGGGUGAAGAUAAAGAGAUCUCAAGACAAGUCUGGGACGGAAGGAUUCCGAUUUGCUUUACUUUGGCCGAGGACGAGCACACACCAGGCCAGGAUCCACCCCCCCCAUACUAUGUUCUGGCCCCUCGGAUCUCGUAUCUAACACUGGUUACAGACGCGUGCCAAAGGCACUUUCUUAAUUCAAAGCGAGAGCCUCCAAAUUUUGACGAUGAGUUCUGGUGUGACCUGAACGGAAUGCCGUUAAAAUGGAACUAUCCAAUCGGAGUACUCUUUGAUCUAUACGGGUCACCAGAUAUGCUGCCAUGGAAUAUAACUGUCCACUUCCAGGUCUACCCGGAGGACGACAUUCUACACUGCGCUGAGAAGUCAGUAGUAGAAGAGCACAUGCUAUCGUGCCUGAAAGAGGCUGACUGCAUACGAAAUGGAUCUGCAAAGAGGACACUCAAUUUGCUCAAGAAGGAUGUAAAACAACUGUGGGACGGGUUCAGAUCGGGGAACUAUGAGAGGUACUGGCAAAUAAACAAACGAUUGGCGCCGCACGACGGCGAAUCAGCAAAAAAUAUACCCUUUCGGAUAUACCGCAGGCAAGGAGGAGUCGUUAUGGGACCCUUCAAUCCAAUAAAUGAGCAAGGGGAAUUCCAAACGCUGGGUGAUCUAUUAUCCACCUGUCUCCCCGAUCUAUAUCCCCCCGCAACGUCGUAUGCAUCGGAAACAGAUAAUUUACAACACUCGUUAAAGCCAACGCCAAUCGUGAUAAUCCAAGGCGUACAACCCUCCUUAGAGACCCCGGUACAAUGGCUUAGCGAUAGUUGCUCACAUCCAGAUAACUUCCUACACAUAGUCAUCCGGAUGAGUGAUGAAGAGGUGGAGAUUGCGGACGAUAGCGUCCAGCCUCCGAUGUAAAAUAUCUAACUUUUAAAAGUAAAUGAUAUUUAAAAAUUCUAA